GUGUCAUGUUUGCAUGUUUAUAUCUGUGCAGCACAGAGGGAUAGGCAAAGCGUGAAUGGGAGGUCUCAGGCAUUUAACAAUUUUCAUGUAAUAGUUUCAGCUGGAAAAAAAAAGAAACAAAAGAAUUUUUCACUUCUCCAAAAGCAGCUGUCGAAGCUGGGCCGUGAGGAUGAAUGUGAGUCAGCUGAACACCUCCAUGCAAUGCAAGCUGGACACCAGGAUUACCUCGGUCCUCUUCCCCUGCUUGUACUCUGCCCUCUUCCUGGCUGCCAUCAUCCUCAACUGCUUGGCUGCAUGGAUCUUCUUCCAGAUCCACAGCAGCUCCACUUUUGUGGUCUACCUAAAGAAUGUGGUGGUGGCUGACCUGCUCAUGACACUGACUGUUCCUUUGAAGGUAUUAACGGACGCAGGCAUCGGCUCAGCCACAUUGAGAGCCAUCUACUGCCGCUACACGGCCGUGGUCUUCUACACCACCAUGUACAUCAGCAUCCUGCUGCUGGGUCUUAUCAGCCUGGACCGCUACCUUAAAAUCGUGCGGCCUUUCGGAAAGUGUGCGCUGCAGCGGGUUGGUGUGGGUAAGGCAGUGUGCGCAGGGGUCUGGGCCAUCAUGGUGGCUUUUGCGCUGCCAAAUGUGAUCCUGACUGACCGUGAGCUUCCUGUGAGUCGUAGUGAAAAGCUGAAAUGCAGCAGCAUGAAGAGUAAGCUCGGCCUACGCUGGCACGAAGGCUUUAACUACUUUUGCCAGGUGGUGUUCUGGGGAACGCUGAUUUUAAUGGCCAUCUGCUACACCUUCAUCAGCAGGAAGGUUUACGAGUCGUACCGCGCCUCAAGGAGCAGCUCCGGCACCGCCAGCAAACGCACCAAGUCCAAGGUGUUUGUCGUAGUCGGCGUGUUCUUUGUAUGCUUCGCUCCCUUCCACUUGGCCCGAGUUCCCUACACCCUCACUCAAACCCGAGGCACGUCGACACAUUGCUGGGCUCAGAAGCAGCUCUACUUGGCGAAGGAGAUCACGCUCUGGCUGUCAGCCACCAACAUUUGCUUGGACCCUCUCAUCUACGUCUUCCUGUGCCGGGUCUUCCGCAGGAAAUUAACUGCUACUCUUUGCCGCAAGCCUUUACCCCGUGGAGGGCUAGAGUCCCCUACAGAAACCUCAACCAAGCAGGAGCUGUCUCACAUGGGUCAGUGUAACAAUGCUAACGAGAUCCACUCGCAUUAAUGUCAUCAUUAACGUGGACGUCACAUGAUGCCUGGACUUCAGAGUAAUAUCAGAGCAAUUUUAUAAAAUGGUCUUUUUUACUGCAUAUACAGUACAUUUACUGAAACCUGUUGAAAUACCUGUAUAUACUGUAGAUCGUAUGACUGGGUUUUAUUAAAACAUUUAUCCAAACCCAGUACACCACUUGUACGCAGUUUUAAUGUAGGACUCGAGAAUACAAUAUUGUAAUGAUUUAGAGUCUAAUCUAUAUUAAUAUUAUGAGAAAAGUGCGUGUACUUGAAAUUUGCCUUCUCGAUGUCUGUAAGUAUUAGAGACGGCUCGUGCCUUGCUUUUAAUGGUGUUUUAAUGGCACUUCAUGUGAGUAUCUGUGGUGGCCUUAAAAAAAACAUUUGCUGUCUCUUUCUCUUCCUAUCACAUAUUUCUUUGCCAUCUCAAUUUUAAUAAACCAUAAAUCUCUUAAAACGACCCUAUUCUGAGAAGAUGUUUAAAGAUAUUUAUAGCUAUUUAUUAUUCCUUACUGAUCUCAUAUAUUGGCCAGUGACUAAAUAAAAAAUUUGGAAUGAGUUAAUAGAGUUAAUAACCUCACAUUGGCACCAUGAAUAAGAAAAGGAAUUUUAAGACCUCUUCAACUUACGGAGUUCCAAAAUAUCCAACAUUCCUGAAAAUUAAUUCAAUGGAUCUUGUAUUGAAGCAAACCAACUUUAACUAGAUUUGUAAAGUUUGUCAUGACAAACUUUGAUGUUGGCUUUGACGAUGCAAGUAUUCGCAACGGAUGGUGCUUUUUGGAGGCAAGUGGACAUAAGGGUUAGUGUUGCUUUUGGAGGCAAGUGGACAGAAAGCUAGAACAUUUGGAGGUAAGCAGAGACAAGCGUGUGACAUCAUCCAAAUACUCCUGAGGAAGUUCCCCUUAUUGUGCUGAGUGUUUUGAUAUAUCACAUGCCCAUGUUGUGCAAUUUUUUUCUUUUCACGUGACAUUACGUGACGUCACGUGACAUCAUCAGAAUACACGUGAGGAAGUUCCCCUCAUUGUUCUGAGUGUUUUGAUAUGUCACAUGUCCAUGUUGUAAAAAGUUUUUUGAUUUUGCAUAUUUUGGGGGCGGGGCUGCGGCACAAACGAAAGGCCAGUCGAUACACCAAUUUAAAAAUUUGUUCAGAGUAUCACCCUAAAGGAGCUGGCCGAGUUUGGUGUAGAUAGUUCGAAAGCUUGCCGAGUUAUAAACCUUCAAAUUUAUAAUGGGAGUCUAUGGGAAAAAAGGUCACUUUGAGACCCAGUACCGGAAGUACCGGUACUCGGAUCGCUUAUAAAAGUAAUAGCAACAAACUUCAGACCAGCGUCUACAACAUAUCUGAAUUUGGUGCAUGUGGCUCGAAAGCCCUAGGAGGAGUUACUCUUGAUAAAUUUUUGUCUAAGCUUAAAUAGGAAAACAGAAUGUUGGCUUCUACAAAGCCAACAUAAUUAUUGGUUUCUGUUUUUUACAUAUACAUUUUUAAGCUGUGUCACAAAUUGCAUGCAUUAAUCAACGCCGUUUUCGAGUCUUUUGUGUGUUCAUACUGAAAAUUCUAACAAGACAUUUGAACUGA